UUGCCGCCCAAUGACAGCGCGCCUCUCUGGACGGCGGCUCCGCCCCGUUGCGUCAGAGAAGGACAAAGUCAUUGAGGAAGGGUAACGUUCGGCCUCUUAAGGGAAGUCGCCGGCGGAGCAGCGGGAGGGGAGUAGGUGCCGCCAUCUUAGAAGGUCGCUGCUGCUGCCGCCGCCAUGUUCUCGUCUAUCGCGCCGCUCGUGCGGCUCAACCCCUUCCACGCGCCCCAUCUGCAGUUGCAGCAGGACAAUGUCAGCCUGAGGAAGCGCCCGGCUGAGCCUGCGGAACUGCCGUGUACUCGACGGAGUUUAGCAGCCGCUUCCGCAGACGCAGAAGAAUAUAGCUGUGCAUAUGGCUCUGGCAGAUUCUUCAUCCUUUGUGGCCUUGGUGGAAUUAUUAGCUGUGGUACUACACAUACAGCACUGGUUCCUUUAGAUCUCGUUAAAUGCCGAAUUCAGGUGGAUCCACAAAAAUAUAAGAGCAUCUUCAAUGGGUUUUCAGUUACUGUCAAAGAAGAUGGUGUCCGUGGCUUGGCUAAAGGAUGGGCUCCAACCUUUAUUGGAUAUUCCAUGCAAGGGCUCUGCAAAUUUGGAUUCUAUGAAGUCUUCAAAGUCUUGUAUGGCAACUUGUUGGGAGAGGAAAAUGCAUAUUUGUGGCGUACAUCGUUAUAUUUGGCUGCAUCUGCCAGUGCAGAGUUUUUUGCUGAUAUUGCUCUGGCUCCAAUGGAAGCUGCUAAGGUUCGCAUUCAGACACAGCCUGGAUAUGCUAACACACUGAGACAAGCACUUCCAAAAAUGUUUGCAGAAGAAGGUGUUUGGGCUUUCUACAAAGGUGUUGCUCCCUUGUGGAUGAGACAGAUUCCAUACACAAUGAUGAAAUUUGCCUGCUUUGAACGAACUGUGGAAGCUCUCUACAAAUAUGUUGUUCCCAAACCAAGGAGUGAAUGUUCAAAGGGAGAACAGCUGGUUGUUACAUUUGUAGCAGGUUAUAUUGCUGGUGUCUUCUGUGCCAUUGUUUCACACCCUGCUGAUUCUGUGGUGUCUGUGUUGAACAAAGAAAAGGGCAGUUCUGCUGUAGCAGUGCUGAAGAGGCUUGGACCCAAAGGAGUAUGGAAAGGUCUUUUUGCCCGUAUCAUCAUGAUUGGUACCCUGACAGCACUACAGUGGUUCAUCUAUGACUCGGUGAAAGUUUAUUUCCGGCUUCCUCGCCCACCUCCACCUGAGAUGCCAGAAUCUCUGAAGAAAAAACUUGGUCUUACUGAGUAGAAGGAUCAUGGACUGAAUGGCUGAUAGCAAAAGAUCAUGAAACGUUUUACACAUGACAGUGUAGGAGAACAAUCUUAUUUGCCCAGGCUUCACCGUUUGUCACUAUUGGUCAAAAUAAACAGUACUAAAAUGA